AUGGGGCUCAACAAGAAGAAGAAGAAGGGGAAGAAGGGGGCUGCAACCUCGAAAAAUGAAGUAACAGCUGCACAGCUGAAUGAGACAGCAAACCCUCUGACUUUGGCUCAAUAUGCCACUGUCUUUUCCACUGGGGCCCUUUCCCAAGUUAACCUACCUCCUAUAGCAAGCUCUUUUGAAACGGAACCUCCUUCUAAUUCCGCCUGGAAUGGGGUAAAUCCUCCUAUUGCCUCCAACCCCUAUAACACAGAGAGCCCUACGGUCCACGUGGCAGAUGGAGGCGACACCUUUAUUUCCUCCAGCCCCUACGAAACAGAUAUUGUUCAAGUUCAUGUUGGCCCCAUCGGUGGCCAGAGAGCCUUUCAUGUCCACUUGGGAAUUCUGAAUCAGGCUCCAUCACUAAGCAGCAAGAUAAAUCCUACGACUUGUUCUGCCAGAGAACAUAAUAGUAUAUCCCUAGUGAACACAGAUCCCGGGAUUUUCGAGCUCGUCCUAAUGUUCCUGUACAUCGGAAAGUAUCUAGACUGUCCUUAUCCACCACUAUUAUUUCGUUCACUAGAGCGGAAUAACGACAAUCAAUGGCCUGGCGCCGAUAUGGAGUUCGAAAUGCAUUCUCUCCUUUACUGCUUUGCCCAGGAGUAUAAAAUGGACGAGCUCUCUGCCCUUGCACUAAUAAGCAUUGAAAAUAUGACACAAGUGCCUUAUUUGAAUGUACUUGACGUUGCGAAGAAAGCAUACCCCAAGCUCCCGGAUGCCGACAAUGAUGACGCGUAUCGCGAGAGGUUCCGGCAUGAGACGAGAGUUGCGAUGAAGGAGAAUAAGGAUCUCAUCAGGGAGCCUUGGGUUCUUGAUGUGUUCAGGAAUGAACAUGGAAAUUUGACUGUUGACCUGUUCACAACCUUGACGGAGCCGCUGCGAUGCGACAGUGAAGCCAACAAUAGCGAGACUUCACCCCCAGAGGAGCCACUCAGAUCAUCUCAAUCUGAUAAGGGGAAAGAGGGAAAUGUGCAUUUGAAUGGUGGCAAUGCAGAUUACUGUACUCAAGAACCAACAGCAGCUUCGGUGGUGGGAGAGCCUGCCCUUCCCGGCCCCGAGGAAACUAUCGCCGAAGAUAUCCCCGAAGUCCCAUUUGAACAAGUUCCUGAACCACCGGUCUCAGAACCGGAACCAGAAUUAGAAUCCGCCAAGGAGCCUGCUGACAUCGUUGAGCAUGCAGUUGAUGACGGGUGGGGACUCUGGGGAGGCGUUGAACUCAGGAGAAGGAUGAAGAAGAAGCCCAAGAAAAGCCCGGAGCCCAACCCAGGGCUAGAGCCAGAGGGGGCUCCAGUAGAGGAGUCCCCAGUUGAACCUCAUGAUUGGUCGGGAUGGGGCACGAAGUCGUUGUUGAACCAGGCCCAGAAGCCGGACACGGACCAGCAGACGACCCUACAUCCACCAAGAAGAGGCAAGAAAAAGGGUAAGAAGAAAAAGAUGAUCGAAGCCCCAGGCUCGGAACCACCGCCAGCACCGGAGCCUGAAGUCCACAUCGACCGAUGCGCUUUUCCCGAUGACCUAGCGCCAGACGAGCCUUACCCACCCGACGAACCCCUAGCCAUCAACGACCACCACCACCACCACAAACUAGAAGAAGAGCCUCCCCCGCCCCCUUCCCCUCCCCCUGAAACCCUCUGGCCAGCGGACCCAGAGCGCCCCCCAACCCCCGAAAGUCCCGAAAACCCCUCCUGCACCUUCAUGCUCGGCGAUGCAGAUAGCCCGAUAUCCAAGGCGAGGUAUUUCAAGGAACCGUGCAGCCGGCGGAAGCGGCAUUUGACCAGCGAGAGUUAUUGGAUGGAUUGUGUUCGGUGUCGGGCGGAGCUGGGGAGUAUUGCGAGGGGGAUUGUUGCGGGGAAGGGGGGUGGUGAUGGUGAUUAUGAUCGGGUUGAUGGGGAGAAGGGGGAGGGGGAGGGGGAAGGGAGGUGGAGAUGA